GAUUCACGUCAGAAUUCUGGUACUCCGAACAUCCUCAGUGGUCCAUAGAGUUAUAUUCAUAACAACAUGUCCCCUUAUUAACAGCCUAUGGAAAGACGUUUUUGCAUAUUACUUCCCGGGACAUCUUUGUUCCAACAGGGAGAUAUCUCCUCUAUCUCAGUCCUCUUAUAUACAACAAUGGCUCUCUGAUUUACCGCCUUCACCUCCCCAAUUCCACUCGUAUGAUUACCUGCCAUGUCGACAUGGUCGAAACAAACAAGGACGCUGCCCAAGAGCCAUACGCAACCUUAUCCAAUCUGCCCAAUUUCAUCGGCUUUCACAAAUGUUUUCCAAAUAUCACCCAAAUCUUCCUCGAAAGCAGGUAUAGCGUACGAGGCAGAUGGUUCCUCUUCGUCCUGUCUCAAGGACAAAUCAUCCGGACUCGAAUCUCUAUAACGCUUGGACGACAUAACUUGGUGUCCUACCUGUGGACUAGGAAAUUGCCGCUUACAACCCGGCACCCGAACAUGUCUGCUGCAAAUUUGCUCACCCCAAUUGGACAAUGUUUCUGAGCGAUGUCGCUUGUGCUAUGGCUCCUGGCACGUUCUUAUGACGCAUCAGAGCGAUUCC